CCCCGCUUCGCCCCGCGCAUCCUUGCAUGACCUCAACCAACCCCCAGAACAUGUGAUGGCGAGCAGCGCCUAAUCAAUGGCUGCGACCGCACCUGAACCGUCGUCCACCGACGUGGUCAUCGUGGGUAAUGGGCCAUCCGCACUUCUACUAUCGUACAUCCUCCAUGGAAACAUCCCAUUCUACAACCCGCGGACCCCCCAUCCGGACCCCAUCCUCCACGAGAAGCUGAAGGAUGCGCCUAAGCUUCUCGACCUGGAUGUCGACAAGUUGACUGAUCAUUUCGAGGCCUCGCGGUACUCGUACUCGACCCAGGCUCUUCCGCUCAACUCGCUUCUGGACUCUCUCGCACGUCCCAACGCAGACACGGAUGACACAGAGAGGAAUACUUGCCUGGAGUGGCGCCAUUUGCCAGAAGCAGCUGUUCCCCACGUGGUCCUAGGAGACGCCCCCCGCCCCGGAGGGCAAUGGACGGAGUGUCCAAAGCGGACGACAUGGGACAUCCAGUCCCUCAGUUAUGCGGGAAUGCUAUCCCUUCCAGGAUACAGUUUUGCAGAGUAUCAUCAAGACCGCUUUGGAUCAAAACUGCCUCCUUUCACGCGGCCUUCGAGGCGGGAGAUAGCAGACUACUAUACCGCCUAUCCGGCUGCAGUCGGGAUUUCCGACUCGGUCAGGUCCGCAGAGACCGUCGCAAACAUCUCCCGCACCGAUAGCGGAUUUUAUAUUGCAUCGCACAACCUCAGUUGCAAAUUCCUUGUCUUGGCAUCGGGAAUCUUCACAGAACCCAAGCCAGCGCGGCCACUUCUCCAGCCGCUCCUUGAUAUCCCAGCCUCACGCUCUACCCAGCCAGCGGCCAGAAACCCCCUCUUGGUGAUUGGAUCAGGGUUUUCCGCCGCAGAUGCCAUUAUUUCCGCUCCCAAGGAUCAGAAAAUUAUUCAUAUCUUUAAAUGGGAUGAUAAAAGACCCUCACCGCUAAAGGCCUGCCACCAGCAGGCAUAUCCAGAAUAUGCUGGUAUAUAUAGACUCAUGAAGAGGAGUUCUUCGGCCAAUUUGCGAGAGCCCUCUGAUGGGCGCGAACGGUCAUGGCUUCGACCGGCAAGCCUGACUCCUUUCUUGAAAAGUAGAGAGUGGGCCAGUAUCUACGAGGGCUUGCCCAAUACAUUGGUGACAGAUACAGGGUCAAAUGACAAAGGGGCAGUUGUUACGCUGCAGCUCCAGGAUGGUACGAUCUUGCAACGUCAAGUCUCCGGGUUGGCAUACGCUGUCGGCCGCCAAGGCUCACUGGAAUACCUUGAUGAAUCCGUCAGGAGCGAGGUCAUACCCGGUGACGAUAAGGACAGCAUCACAACAGGGUCGAUAUCCGCGUCAACUCUUCGUAAUGCAGCUCUGGCGGACCUGGAAGUUGCGCGGAACAUUUUUAUCAUCGGAAGCCUGACUGGCGACUCUUUGAUUCGCUUUGCGUAUGGAGGAUGUGUGUAUGUGGCCGGGAAGCUAGUAUCCCGUGAAACCCGCAAAGACAACGGCUUCGGGGCUCCUUGUCACCGAGAACGGCCAAAACAUAUGAAAUUUCAACCUGAUGGCUUGAUGAAUGGUCUCGAUGGCCACAAUGAUAUGCAUAAUGACGAUAAUAGACAAUGCCAUGAUGUUUUGCCGGCAGGAUCGCCGGACAUCCAAUCCCCCCGGUUUCCAGGACUGGUGUGGGCGAAAGGGAAAAGCUGGUGGAACGUUUUAUUCUCAUGGUAGGGUUAACCGCGAUCUCCGUUUUCUCCUUUUUUCCCCCCCACCUUCAUUUCUCCUCUGCCUUAUUCUUUGGCAUUUCUCUCUCUUUUCUGAACAAUAUCUGUUGAUUGCGUUCACAACUCCCGCGAUAGAGAUUUAUAUUUGGCUGGCCGUCCCUUUGAUGUCGCGCGCACCCCAUGUACAUACAUACAUAUAUGCGUACAUAUGAAUGUCACUAGAAGCGGAAGCAAUUUGCUCUAAUAUCUUCGGAUUAACUCGAUGAUUCCCAAUUCCGCAAAGACUGAGAGUUCUCAAAAAGCGAAAUGUUGGUUGAAAAAAAAAUAAAAAAAAAAAAAGG